AUGGCCACCAUCACCAAAGUUCGGACGAAAUCUCUCGUCGCUGCAGACCUUCCUCGCAAACCGCCCCUGAUCAAGGUCGAGGAGGAAGAAGACAUUGCCGCUGCCAAACAAGCCAAUCUACCUCUCCCGCCUCCUUCUAAACGGCCAACCGAAGUCCUCAGUGUAGAUAAGGGCACCCCUGAUCACCAUGUGCCUCGCGACCCUCGACUUAUCAGAUUGACCGGUGUCCAUCCAUUCAACGUUGAGCCGCCCCUCACAGCCUUGUACAAAGAAGGAUUCUUGACCACCCAGGAGCUCUUCUACGUCAGGAACCACGGCCCCGUGCCCCAAGUUGCAGAUGAAGAGGUCCUCAGCUGGGAGAUCAGCAUUGAAGGGCUCGUGGAGAAACCCAUAGUUCUGAACUUUCGGCAGAUUUUGCAACAAUACGAACAAAUUACCUCCCCGAUCACACUUGUCUGUGCUGGAAACAGACGCAAAGAACAGAACACCGUUCGAAAAUCCAAGGGGUUCUCAUGGGGCUCAGCCGCCCUGUCAACUGCGCUCUUUACUGGGCCAAUGAUGGCUGACAUUCUGCGGAGCGCCAAACCCUUGCGUAAAGCCAAGUAUGUCUGCAUGGAAGGUGCUGACAAACUGCCAAAUGGCUACUAUGGCACUUCCAUCAAGCUCAACUGGGCCAUGGACCCCAACAGGGGUAUCAUGUUGGCACACAAGAUGAACGGAGAGCCUCUUCGUCCGGACCACGGCCGUCCUCUGCGUGCGGUUGUGCCGGGGCAAAUAGGCGGGCGUAGUGUGAAAUGGUUGAAGAGACUCAUUCUCACCGACGCGCCCAGUGACAACUGGUACCAUAUCUACGACAACAGGGUCUUACCGACAAUGGUUUCACCCGAGAUGUCCGCUAGUGACCCAAACUGGUGGCGGGAUGACCGAUACGCUAUCUACGACCUCAAUGUCAACUCCUCUGUGGUGUACCCUGAGCAUAAGGAAGUCCUGGACAUUGCCACAGCAGGCCCAUCAUAUACAGUAAGGGGUUAUGCCUACGCGGGUGGCGGUCGACGGAUUACCCGCGUCGAGAUUUCCAUCGACAAAGGCAAAACAUGGCGUCUGGCGGACAUUGAGUAUGCUGAAGACAAGUAUCGUGAUUUCGAAGGUAACCUUUUCGGUGGUAAGGUUGACAUGUCCUGGCGAGAGACCUGCUUCUGCUGGUCCUUUUGGUCUCUUGAUCUCGCCAUCUCAGAACUGGAGAACACCGACGCCAUCCUGGUCAGGGCCAUGGAUGAAGCUCUGAGCAUCCAGCCCCGUGAUAUGUACUGGUCCGUGCUGGGAAUGAUGAACAACCCCUGGUUCCGGAUCACCAUCACAAAAGAAAACGGAUCGCUGAAGUUCGAACAUCCAACGGACCCCACCGGGCCGGGUGGAUGGAUGGAACGAGUCAAGAAGGCCGGAGGCGACUUGACAAACGGUAACUGGGGCGACCGGAUCGAGGGUGAAGAGCCGCCUGAGCCUGUACCCGUGCAGGAAAUCAACAUGAAGAAAGAAGGCCUGAACCGCAUGAUUGAUUUAGCGGAGUUCAAGAGCCAAUCCUCUGACGAGAAACCACUGUUCGUUGUCAAUGGUGAAGUCUACGAUGGCACAGCGUUCCUGGAGGGACACCCGGGAGGCGCGCAGAGUAUCAUAUCCUCUGCAGGUUUGGAUGUCUCUGAGGACUUCCUUGCAAUCCACAGCGAGACCGCAAAGGCAAUGAUGCCAGACUAUCACAUUGGCACCAUGGACAAGGACUCACUAGAGGCUUUGAAGAAUGACAACUCCCAAGAAUCCGAUGAGCCCCGUGAAGUGUUCCUCCAACCGCGAUCAUGGAGCAAGACCAAACUCAUCAAAAAGGCGGAGGUAUCAUGGGACACACGCAUAUUCACCUUCGAGUUGGAACAUGACAAGCAAACCCUAGGUCUGCCUAUCGGGCAACAUCUUAUGUUGAAAGUUCCCGACCCAUCUCGUCCUACCGACUCCAUCAUCCGUUCAUACACGCCCCUCUCUGAUACAGACAUGCAAGGUGCCAUGGAGGUGCUGGUCAAGAUCUACUUUGAAUCGAAGGAUGUCCCUGGAGGCAAGAUGACAAUGGCGCUCGAUAAGCUGCCUCUAGGUUCGGUGAUCGAGUGCAAGGGCCCGACUGGCCGUUUUGAAUAUCUCGGAAAUGGCCGUGUCCUGAUCAGCGGCAAAGAACGCCGUGUUCGUUCUUUCAAGAUGAUCUGCGGAGGAACUGGUAUCACGCCCAUCUUCCAAGUCCUGCGUGCUGUGGUUCAAGAUCAAGAGGAUCCGACCAAGUGCGUUGUCCUCUUUGGCAAUAGACAAGAAGAGGAUAUACUGUGUCGUGCCGAGCUUGAUACUUUCGAGGCAUCCGAUCCUGAGAGAUGCACCGUUAUUCACAGCCUGAGCAAGCCGCCAGAUUCAUGGACCGGUCGCCGGGGGCGGAUUAACGAAGAGCUUCUUCAACAGUACGCAGCUCCCGAAGAGGAGAGUAUGGCGCUCAUUUGUGGCCCGGAGGCCAUGGAGAAGUCCGCACGAGAAAUCCUCUUAAGUAAGGGGUGGAAAGAGACAGAUCUGCACUUCUUCUGA